CGCGCACUCAGAGCGGUCGCAGCCGGAGUCCCGAGUGGGCGCCCUGCAGGUGCCGCGACUGAGUGCUGCCCCGGGCGCAGAGGCGGCAUCACACACCGUGGUCCCGUCGUGGCGCCCAGAACUCCGCAGAGGAGGCGACGGUGAGGCUGGGGCUACCCGCGGGGAGGGAACAAUCCCUAGAUCCAGCCAGCAGCAUCCCCUGACAGCUCGGCCUUGUGGGGCGCCGGCGGCUGCAGCGGUCCCCCCCUCCCAGAUGAGCUCUGCCAGGGUGGGGAGAGGUACCCUGGACGGAUCUCAUGGACUCCCCCUACCCCAACUAUUCUCCCUGUCUUGUCUCCAAAAGACCCCCUCCUUUGGCUUCCCUAUCUCGUUCUUCCCAACCCAACCCCCUCCACUCCGGCCUGCAGCCCGUCUCAGGGCCGGGGUCAGAUGAGGCGCGGGAGAAAGAUGCAGCCCUUCGGCUCCCCAUCCCACCCCGCCCCUGCUGUUCCUUGCUGGGCUAGGGGCACCCAGGAGGACGCUGGCCCUUUAAACACUUGCUCCCCACCCAGAGCAUCUUCCAUCUCUCCACCCGCGCUACCUCCGACAGCUGGCAGCCGCGGGGAGCCCCGGGGGGCCGACAGGUACGGGGGUGGCGGUGAGGCCCGGGAGCCGGUGAUGGAACAGCUGUGACAACCCGCCCCCCACCCCCCGCGCGCGCCCGUCUUGGAGCCGGCAGCGGGACUGCUGGGCGCCCCGAGCGCCAGUUAAUCAUUAACCCUCCUCUUCCCGGGUCCCCGCGCUGCCGGGAGCUGAGCACCGCCUUGGCUUCCCAGGUAACGGGAGAGGAUGCAGGUCUCGCCAUCCCCCCACCUUCCCUGCUUUCUUCCCUCCUUCCCCUCGCCACCAGUCGGCGGGGCCUGAACCUGGGAUCAGCCUUGCGCCCCCUGCAGGUCCGGUCGUCCAGCCAGAGUUAGAUUCUCCCAGUGGGCUUUCCCCCGAGUGGGUGGGCUGCCCUGGGCUCGACCUGCGCAGUCUUUCAUCGACCACCCUCCUCUAGGGCACCAUGCCCGGCCUGUAUUGCCCCUCCAGCUGGACGCCGCUGACCCUCACGGACUCCUGGGUUCGGGCCUGCGCCAACGGACCGUGCCUCAGCCUGCGGGCCCGGCUCACCUACCACAACCCGCAGCCACAGCCGGUGGACGGCGUGUUUGUGUACCCGCUGGCCGAGGCCGAAGUGGUAUCGGGCUUCCAGGCGGAGGCGGCGGGUCGGCGCGUCUCCUUCCAGCUGCAGAGCCGGCGCCGCUCGCAGGCGGCUUGCUGCCGCGCGCUAGGUCCCGGGUUGGGGGCUUCGACGCCCCGCCGCUGCGCUCAGGGUCAUCUUGUCUUGGAUCUGGCCCAGGCCCGGUCCACACUGGUGCUGCCCACCGGCCUCAUCGCCGCGGCCGGCACCAUGACAGUGACCCUGUGCAGCAGCCAGGAGCUGCCCUCAAGGCCUGAUGGGGUGCUGCGUGUGGCUCUGCCCUCCGUGCUCACCCCGCUGGCCCCGUCAGGUCCACCAGGGCCCCCCAGAUCUCCGGGGCUCUGUGACGACAGGUUGGGCCUAUGCCCUACCAGCUGCUUCGGGGUGGGCAGCCCUCAGGAGGAAGGGUUGGCCUGGGAGGAGCCAGCUGCUCCUCCGGAUGUGUUCUUAGGCCCUGCCCGCUGCCCUGCCCCAUACACCUUCUCCUUCGAGAUGCUGGUGACUGGGCCAUGCCUGCUGGCAGGCCUGGAGAGCCCCUCUCAUGCUCUGCGGGCAGACGCGCCCCCUCACGCCAGCUCUGCAGCCACCAUCUGUGUCACCCUGGCCGAGGGUCACCCCUGCGACAGGGUCUUGGAGAUCCUGCUGCACCCUAGUGAGCCCCACCAGCCACACCUAAUGCUGGAGGCCGGCAGCCUGAGCUCAGCAGAAUAUGAGGCCCGGGUGAGGGCCCGCCGGGAUUUCCAGAGGCUACAGCGAAGGGACAGUGAUGGGGACCGGCAGGUGUGGUUCCUGCAGCGACGCUUCCACAAGGACAUCCUGCUGAACCCGGUGCUGGUGCUAAGCUUCUGCCCGGACCUGAGUUCCAAGCCGGGACACCUGGGCACAGCAACCCGGGAGUUCCUUUUCCUGUUGGAUGGCAGCAGUGUAGCACACAAGGACGCCAUUGUUUUGGCGGUGAAGUCACUCCCGUCCCAGACGCUCAUCAACGUGGCGAUGGUUGGCACCUCAGUGCAGCCCCUCUUCCCUGCGAGCCGGCUUUGCAGUGAUGACACUGUGCAGCAGAUCUGUGAGAAUGUCGAGACUCUGCAGGCUACGGGAGGUCCCCCAGAUGUGCUGGCUGCGCUGGACUGGGCCAUGAAGCAGCCCCAGCACAGGGCCCACCCUCGGCAGUUGUUCCUGCUCACUGCUGCCUCACCCAUGGCUGCCACGACCCACCAAACUCUGGAGCUGAUGAGGUGGCACAGGGGGGCAGCCAGGUGCUUCUCCUUUGGGCUAGGGCCUGCCUGCCACCAGCUGCUCCAGGGUCUGUCUGCCCUCAGCAGGGGCCAGGCCUACUUCCUGAGGCCUGGGGAGAGGCUGCAGCCCAUGCUGGUGCAGGCUCUGCGGAAGGCAUUGGAGCCCGCUUUGAGUGACAUCUCUGUGGACUGGUUUGUGCCUGAUGCAGUGGAGGCACUGCUGACCCCCCGGGAGAUCCCAGCACUCUACCCUGGGGACCAGCUGCUGGGUUACUGCUCACUCUUCAGGGUGGAUGGCUUCCGGUCCCGCCCCCCUGGGGGCCAAGAACCUGGCUGGCAGAGCUUGGGUGGCUCUGUGUUCCCAUCCCCAGAGGAGGUGCCAUCUGCCACCAGCCCUGGCACUGAGCGCACUGGCACCUCAGAGCCACUGGGAACAGGCACUGUGACAGGAGAGCUGUCCAACCCCUGGGCUGCGGGGGACUCGGAGCGGAGUAUGGAUGCUCUGACUGACCCCGUCACAGACCCUGGACCCAACCCCUCUUCCGACACAGCCAUAUGGCGCCGCAUCUUCCAGUCCUCGUACAUCCGGGAGCAGUAUGUGCUCACCCACUGCUCUGCCAGCCCUGAGCCAGGCCCAGGCUCCACAGGCAGCAGUGAGUCCCCCGGCUCCCAGGGCCCUGGCUCCCCUGAAGGCAGUGCUCCCCUGGAUCCCCCUUCUCAGCAAGGCUGCCGAAGCCUGGCUUGGGGAGAACCUGCAGGCUCCCGAUCCUGCCCGCUGCCUCCACCCCCACUGGCUCCAGUCAAGCCUGGGGCCUUAAGUGCUGAGGUGCUGGGCCGUCAACGCAGAGCAGCUCUGGCUGGCCGAAGCCUCUCAUCACCCCCAGGCCAGGUGAACCCAGUCCAUGGCCACCCCCGGCACCCCUCUUUGGGUGCAGCACCAGAUGGGUCAGGCCCUGAGCCAGGGCAGCAGCUGGGACCAGGCCUGGAUGACUCAGGAAACCUGCUCUCCCCAGCCCCCAUGGACUGGGACAUGUUGAUGGAACCACCCUUCUUGUUCACGGCUGUGCCCCCUGACAGGGAAUCGGGUUCCCCAGCAAUGCCACUACCUCCCCAGCCUCCACGCUGCCAUGUGGUGAUCCGGGCCCUUUGUGGGGAGCAGCCUGUGUGCUGGGAGGUGGGUGUUGGGCUAGAGACACUAUGGGGGUCUGGGAAUGAUGGCUCCCUGCCUCCAUCACCCCCUGAAAGAGAAGGUGCUUGGGACCAAGCCCUCCAUCGGCUGACAGCAGCUUCCGUGGUCCGGGACAACGAGCAGCUGGCUCUCCGAGGAGGGGCUGAGACCAUGGCUGACUGGGGCCAUGCCCGGAGGUCCUGGCUGCGAGCCAUUCAGACAAGCAAGGUCAGCUCUGCCCCCUCCUGCUUCACCUGCCCUGUAGCUGUGGACGCUACCACGAGGGAGGUCCUGCCCACAGCCCUGCAGGUGCGGAGCUCAGAACCAGCCGAGUCCCCCGGUACCCCUUCUGCUUCUCGGGGCCAUCUAGAUGCAGCUCCUCUGACCACAGUUGCCCACUCUAAAGGACUUCAGGGAGGCUCCCUGGCAGGCAGCUCGGACGCAGACCAAAAUGGCAACUGCAAGUCUGCUUUGUGGGACCCUGCAGCCCCCACCGGAGGUGCUCAUCGUCUGCCCCCCCAGCCUUCCUCUAGGCUUAGCCUGGGCUUUCGGAAGUCCAGAGGCCCUAACACAGGCCAGAUCAGUGACCACAACAGUGAAGGAAGCGACCACGACUACCUGCCCUUGGUGCGAUUGCAAGAGGCGCCGGGCUCCUUCCGCCUGGACGCACCCUUCUGCACAGCGGUGCGCAUACCACAGGAGCGACUAUGCCGUGCCUCCCCCUUUGCCGCGCACCGCGCCAGCCUCAGCCCUACUUCGGCCUCAUCUCCCUGGGCCCUUCUGGGUCCUGGUGUUGGCCAGGGCGACAGUGCCACAGCUUCCUGCAGCCCGUCCCCCAGCUCAGGCUCCGAGGGUCCCGGCCAGGUGGACAGUGGGCGGGGCUCAGACACCGAGGCCUCGGAGGGAGCAGAAGGGCCGGUUGGCGCCGACCUGCGGGGCCGAACCUGGGCCACAGCCGUGGCACUCGCGUGGCUGGAGCACCGCUGUGCCGCCGCCUUUGGCGAGUGGGAACUCGCAGCAGCUAAGGCCGACUGUUGGCUGCAGGCACAGCACUUGCCUGACGGCCUCGACCUGGCUGCCCUCAAGGCUGCGGCCCGGGGCCUCUUCCUGCUGCUGCGCCACUGGGAUCAGAACCUGCAGCUGCACCUGUUGUGUUACAGCCCAGCAAACAUGUGAGGGUUGCCCCUUGCUCGGGCUGGCGCCCCCAAAACACUCAAGUCACUGCCACCCAGGGCCGGCUUCUCGGUGCUGGGAAGGGGUAGGUUGGUGACAGCCUGCUCCUCACUGCUUCUCGUCCCCUUCCCAGAGUCCUCUUGCCCCCACAGAAAGUGCCUGCGUGUGCUCUCUCCUGCUCCUCCCACCCCCAGCCGCUGCCUGUUCCCCUCUGAGCUCUAUGCAGUGCAGCAAAGGGAGAGAGCCACAGCCCCUGACCCUAUGCAAUAAAGUGCCUCUUAGGA